AUGCACGCAAUAGAACGCUAUUACAAAAUUAAUCAAAUAAUUCUUAAGACAGUUGGAUUAUGGCCCUAUCAGCAGUCAUGUCUCUCACAAGUUCAAAAAAUUUUGUUUAUCAGUAUUCUUGUGACAUUUAUUCUUGUUCAGUUACUGGUAUUCUUUACAAAGCAAUACAAUACGAAUCUUCUCCUUCAGAUUCUCUCAUUCGUCUUUCCUAUUCUUAUCGACACGACAAAGUAUUGCCUUUUUAUCAUUCAGGUUGACAAUUUGAAGCAAUUAUUGGAGCAAAUCCAAGAUGACUGGAAUUCAUUGAAGGAUAAAUUGGAAAUUAAUAUUAUGGAAAAAUAUGCUUGCAACGCGAGGCUAUUCACAAUAAUUCUAAUGGUGUAUUGCUAUUUCGGGUUAAUAUUUUGCGGAAUAUUUCAAUAUCUGCCCAUGAUUCUUGAUGUUAUUUUACCGUUAAAUGAUUCACGGCCAUGUCAGCUUUUCGUGGUCACGGAAUACUUUAUUAAUCAGGAAAAAUAUUUUUACGUUAUAUUAAUACAUGAGACAUUAGCGUACAGUGUAGGAACAGCAAUAUUGUGUAGUACCAGUGCGACAAUUAUGUUGUCGAAUAGAAAAUGCGAUCAAGAAGAGUACAUUAAUAAUCCCUAG